GAGAAUGCAAACGAAGGGUCUCUCAAUUUUACUGAACUGGUACCUAAUCCCGCCCGAACAUGGCCGUUUGAACUGGAUGCAUUUCAAAAACAGGCGAUAAUAUGUCUUGAACAGAAUCAGUCUGUUUUUGUAGCCGCGCAUACAUCAGCUGGGAAAACUGUCGUGGCAGAAUAUGCAUGUGCACUUUGUAAGCGCCGUGGAAGUCGUGCUAUUUACACCAGCCCAAUAAAGGCACUUUCUAACCAAAAGUUUCGUGAAUUCAGGUACUUCUUGAAUCUCAGUUUUGUUAUCCAAAUUUUCUUCUGCACAAUGAAUCUAUCUGUGCAUAGCCUACUUUUUAGCCCAAAUUUUCCUUGCAGUUUAGAAAAUAAAGGACGAUAA